CAUGGUUGUUCCAAGUGAAAUCCAAGAAGAAACCCAGAUGGAAUUAGGAGCUGAAGAAAAGUACUUUUGGACGAUUGAAAGUACUGAUGUGCCAAACAUGAUUAUCUCAACAUCUAGCGAUCAGUUUUGUUGUCGAACAAGCUGUAAUUACAACAUUGAUCAUAAUAAGAGGAGCAGCAGCGCAGAAAGGGUGGACGAAAGGAAGCAGAGGCGGAUGAUAUCGAACCGAGAAUCGGCUCGAAGGUCCCGAAUGAGGAAGCAGAAGCAUGUGAGGGAGCUUUGGUGUCAACUUGUUAGGCUAUGCACUCAGAACCAUGCGCUUGAGGAGAAGCUGAGGCGUUUGAUGGAGUCUCAGCAACGCCUUCUCCAAGAGAAUGCCAGCCUUAAGCAACAAGCUUCUGCUUUUCGCCAGAUCCUUAUGGAUAUGGAACUUGAACAACAACUAGUCAACCAAUUUUGAUAUAUACACUCAUGUGAAAUAGCUCUUUCCCCUUCGAUACGGUUUUCAGUUCGGUUUUGGAGUUGUUCUCAAGUAAUGAAUAAAAAUGUGUUUUGAU